UGCGCAAAGUGUGUAAAGGAUUAGUAUAAAUUUUCAUUCUCUCUCGCGCGCGCGCGUUCAAGGUUUAAUGCAAGUAUACCCUUCGGUCAUUUUCCGAAUGCCUUAUUUUUGAUCGGCGUUCACCAGAAGGCCGCGAGAUCAUUGUAGUUUUGCCACGCAUCGCACUUGGCCGCUAACCGCGGCUAUAAAAUGAAUCGCCAGCAGCGCAGGAGGUCAGUGCGCGACGCGAAUACACUUGAGAGAGUAUGCUUUCGCAGAAGAAGACGAUUUAUCAAUGGCAUAUACUUCAAUACAUCCAAGACAGGAGAACAUGUAAAAUACAAAUAAAAUAUGACGAAAAUAGCUGGUUACUACAACAUUUCAAAUAAUUCUGAGAAAUAACUAGUUUAUUGAUACAUUGAUAAAAAUGGAGUUGGCAACGCAGCAAGAAUCGAAAGACGAAUUCGGUAGACCGUUUUCACCUUUACCUAUGAAGAAAUCUGAGACGAGAGACAGUAUUUCUUCUGUUGACAGUGAUGUGAGUCUUUCCUUUGACAGAAGAGGCUCCAAGAGCGAAGAAGCCGACUUAUCGGAUUAUGAUAGCGAGAUUAAAUCUGCGAAAAGGAUUAAGACAGAGCAAGACUCGGGCGCGGAUUCUGUAGAUGAUGCCACAUCGAAGGAAUUAGAAAACCAAAAACAAUCGGAAUCUCAGUUAAUUGAGGAAACAACGAAUGAUCUCGAUACAUUGAAUGAUGAAUUGGCAGACAAGAUAUGCGCUCAAGUGGAAUUUUACUUUUCCGACGAAAAUAUUGUAAAGGACGCUUUUCUGUUGAAACACGUUAAAAGAAACAAAGAAGGCUACGUAUCUUUAAAAUUGAUAUCUAGCUUCAAGAGAGUAAAACAUCUCAGUAGAGAUUGGAGAGUGGUCGGAGCGGCUUUAGCGAGAUCUAAGAAAUUAGAAGUCAAUUCACAAGGGACUAAAUUGCGUAGAGUGGAUCCUCUGCCACCUUUCGAUCAGACUACAUCUUCCAGAACUAUAUUAGUAGCCGGAUUGUCGAUAGAAAAAUUGACAGUUGAAUCUGUCGCCGAAAUUUUCAAAUCCUGUGGUGAAAUAGCUCUGAUAAGAAUUCACAAACCUGGACACCCUACAUCUUCUGAGGUUCGCCAGGCAAUCUCCAAAAGGCCAGAAUUGACCUCCAACGAAGAGUACGCUAUGGUCGAAUUUACAGACUCCAUUUCCGUUCAAAUUGCUAUGCAAAUGACGUUGGGUAACGCCAAAAUAUUUGAAUUACAUCAAUCAGUCGAUAAGAAGAGGAAACACCAACCUACGAGGAAAAGUGUUUUAAAUAGAAUACCGAGAGAGAACAAUUACAAUUCAUCGAGUUGUCCCAGUGGAUCUGAAACUGAAGAUGGAAAAGGAAGACAUAAAAAGAGCAUUCAGGGGCAUUCAUAUCCUAUGUAUCACAUCUAUACGAGUUAUCCUUCCCAAGGUCCACCAUCACCAGACGUAUGGUUAUCUCGUAAACUCUCUUCCUGUUCCAUAUCCAAUUCUGACAAUGGCUUUAUAGUUCGGCGUUUGUCUUCCUGUUCCGGCUCUAGCUCAGAUUCCGGUAGACGUUAUUCGACAUGUUCAUCUGGUUCUGAAGCGGCUUUCUUCCAUCCAGGUUAUUCAAACACCUUUUAUCAUCAUGAAAAUCGCCGUUAUUCUUGUUGCUCUUCUACAGGUUCUUCGGCAGAAUGCGAGAGAGACUGUUAUUUCGCUAACCGUCGUGGAUCAGCUGAUUAUGGAUCGUUUCUGAGAAGAUUAUCCAUGUGCAAUCGUGAUUCUGGCUACGAUACUAACAUUAGAAGAUUGUCUCUCUGUUCUUCGAGCCCUGAGCAAAAUGGAUUUUAUCGAUCGAGAAGCAGUAAUGGUAUCGCUAUGAUGCAUUUGCCCGAAAAUGUGACGAGAAUGCCGGCAGGACCAGAUGGUACUCGAGGUUUCUUCGGUCGUUCUACAAGAAUGUUUAUAAAACCUACUUGUCGAGUACCAUAAAUACUUUUUCUAUUGUUAAGAAGAUGAUAAUAACAGUUCAAUAUGACAUACUUGUUAAUGUCGAGCGCUGCUUUAGCAAUGAUUAAAUUAUUUUACACAUUGAAGAAACAAAUGACUAAUGAAAUUCCUUAGUUGAUAUCACGUAUGUUUAAACCUUUUUUUAAUGUGUACUGAAGUUACAGAACAUAUACUCUAUAUAAUACAAGAAUAAUGAUAAUGUAGUACAUCAUGUAUAUUUUAAUUUAGUUUUUGUAGAUUCUAUAUAACAUAAAAUAUAUAUUUAACAUAAAAUAUAUAUUUAACAUCUGUGUACGUAUGCAGAUAUAGUAUGAUAGACAAGAUACACAUCAUUCGAAAUAAUGUAAUUUUAGACGUUAAUCAAGUCUUUAAUAAUUAAUACAAAGAUAAAUAAUGCACUUCAAGUGUUAUAAUGUCCAGAAAUUAAAUAAUCUGCCUGUAAUUAUUAUGUCAUAUAAUUUGACAAUAACUCGAGAUUUAUAUACGGAAAACUUGUACGUAUAACAAAAUAAAUGAGGGCAAGA